AUGGAUAGUUUCAUAGCUUGCAAAUCUUCUUUGGAAAGUGCCUUUACAGGUCCCGCGCGGACUGAGGAGCCAGAGCCAUUUCCUGAUCUUAACAAUGCGGUUGGUCGAUACCCUGAAUGCGGGCCUUAUGUUGCCAGUCAAGGAUAUAUAUUUUACCAGAUUGCACGGGAGAACUCACGUCCACCUGCUCUUUUCCAGGUCCGAUGUUGUAAUGAACCAAGUUUGGCAGGGACCCAAACCCGCGCAAAGAGAGGAGGGAGGCAAUGUAUCGAUGUCAAGGCUGACCUGAUUCCUCAGCCACUUCAGAUCCGCAAGAACCGCAAGGAUGUCAUGCCGCAGUACAACCAAUCUUAUAAAAAGCCUUUUGCUACUACAUCUGGAAGACCUCUCCCUGAGCCUCCCAUAUCUAUCUCCGUCAGUCCUGCACCAGAAGCUAUUAACGGCACCGCAGCGUUCACACCACCUCCAACUCCAAAAUUCAUGGACAGCUCUCCAGAAGAAUUAGAAAGUAAGGAGAAACCGACACCACGUAUGAUGAGCCUGAUUGCCUCACUUUCCUCUCAGAUAGAUGAAAAUGUCAGGGAACUGUCACUGUUCAUCAGCAGAACAAUGGAACUACAACGUAUCCAUAAAGCUAGGAAGAUGAAUCGUCUGGCUUCCUACUGGAGUUUCACACCUACAUAUCCAAACGGGCCAUCUACCAUUAAUGGAGAUACCGGGGCAUACGAUGCGCAGCAUGACCCGUGCACAAAUGGAAGGACUAGUGGACAAUCUACGCUCUCCGGUGAGGGUAAACAGCAGCGUAUUGCACGGCUGAAAGCUGAAGGAUGGAACACAGUUGGUAUCAAGUCAAUUGAACGCGGUUGGAAGGGAACGCUCCACUAUGACAGACUCUGCAGUGAAGCCCUUUCGGAGCUAUAUGAGUCCUAG